GAUUGAAAAUGACUUCAGUGACCGGCACGUUCAGGAUCAUUUCUGAGGAGGAGCAGGCCUUGCGGAGCAAGCUUGAACACCUGACCACCAAGGACCACGGCCAUGUCUUCGGCAAGUGCGAGAAGAUCCCAGCGUACACCCUGCAAAAGGCCAAGGACGAACUGAACGAGACACCAGAGAAACGCGAGUCCGCGGUGAAAGAGUUGCAGGAGCUCGUCCAGGAGAAAGCCAAAGGAGGAGAGGACAUCUGCAAGGCAGUGGCCGAGAAAGUGAAGGGGAAAGAUGAGGCCUUUUUCCUCCGCUUCAUCCGUGCCCGCAAGUUUGAUAUCAACAGGGCUUACGAUCUGAUUAAAGGCUAUGUCAACUUUCGCCAGCAGUAUCCAGAGCUUUUCGAAAACCUGACACCCGAAGCUGUGCGCAGUACCAUCGAGGCCGGCUACCCUGGCAUCUUAAGCAACAGGGACAAGUAUGGGCGGGUGGUGCUUCUGUUCAACAUCGAGAACUGGGAUUACGAGGAGAUCACCUUUGAUGAGAUUCUUCGUGCCUACUGUGUGAUCUUAGAGAAGCUACUGGAGAAUGAGGAGUCUCAGAUUAACGGCUUCUGUAUCAUUGAAAACUUCAAGGGGUUUACCAUGCAGCAGGCUGCGGGCAUCAAACCUUCCGAACUGAAGAAGAUGGUGGACAUGUUGCAGGAUUCCUUUCCAGCUCGGUUCAAGGCCGUCCACUUCAUUCAUCAACCUUGGUACUUUACCACAACCUACAACGUGGUGAAACCUUUCCUGAAGAACAAGUUGCUGGAAAGGGUAUUUGUGCACGGCGAUGAACUUGAGACGUUCUACCAUGAGAUUGAUGCCGACAUCCUGCCGGCAGAUUUUGGGGGCAACCUGCCAAAAUAUGACGGCAAAGCUACCGCCGAAAACCUUUUCGGGCCCCGGAUCGACGCCGAAGACACAGCUCUCUAAAUAGCAACAGGAGACAGGGUCGGAGAUCGGGCCCAGAGGCGGUCAUCAAUCCCAGCCAUCUUUUUAAAUGUAGCAUUGGUCAAAAAGAACAUGAUCCUAUACUCUGCGCGUGCAUCUCUUCACACCUCUUCAUCACCCUGCCAGUCACCAGGUAGGCAGCAGAGCCUAGAAAAGUCCCUGCGACUCCAUCUCUC